UGCUGGUCGGCUAUCUACCGGUAGCUAGAUGGCAAUGACGAGAGCUUUCUGACAGUACAGUCCAACAAACUAAUCAACAACAGCAUCCACCAUGGCUGACCGAGACGAGGAAGCUGCUGCCGGAGUGUCCAAUGCCGUGGCUGCUAUGGAAUCCGAUUGGGGAGAGGAUCCCUUGUCCAAUGCCGUGGCUGCUACGACAUCCGAUUGGGCGGAGGAUCCCUUGGCAGAAGCCUUGGAAAUUCUCAGUCAAACAGAUCCCGAAGAAGUCGAAGUCAUGAGCCAACAACAUCUAGCAGAAGAGAUGCUGCCGGAUGCUGCCAUUGCCAGUGCACUGGAAGAUAGUUUUCGUCGACGAGUCAGUAGUGCCAAGGGCGGCAAUGAUCAUCGGAUACCCCUGCUCCAAUCCUUGGAACGAAUGGCCACGCAGAAACGAGAUGUCUUUUUUGCACUCUACUUUGGCCUGCCUUCAGGGAUCCGAGAUCUGCCACCCGCUAAUCCAGAUGUCACCUGUGAAGUCACGUUUGGGGAGCUGUGGGAUGCCGCCGGUGUGGUGGCCUAUCAUUUGCGUCAUACGUGGAAUAUCCAGAAGGGACAACGCGUCCUGUUGGCAUAUGGCUAUGGUCCUUCUGGAUUGGAGGCACUGUUAGGAUGUUGGAGAGCCGGUGUUGUGGCCAUUCUCGCCGAGGCUCCUGCCAAACCGCUACGGACCAUUGGAGAAUCGCUGGAGCGACUCCAGCGAAUCGCCGAGGAGUGUCAACCCAUUGCCAUGGUACUCACCGAUCACAAGACCUUUCGGUUGCGCAACUCAGACAUGGGUAGCUUGUUUCGAAGCACACGCAAAAUGUGGUUGCCCAAACUACAAUGGCGUGCUACCGACACACUGCAACGCAAUCCUACUCUCCAAUCCCUGAAACAGUCCAUUACGACCAUUAGCACUUAUGAUACCAGCAGUCCACCCGCCUACACAUUUGAUGAAACCAGCGUCUCUCCCCAAGAUCUAGCUCUGAUUCAAUACACGGCUGGGAGUACGGGAGACUAUCCAAUGCCGGUAUUGAUCCCCUUUGCAUCACUGCAGGCGUGUCUCGACAUGACCCAACGGUUCUUUGAUGUGGCCACCUCCAAGGAAAGCGUCGUGGCCAAAGUCUCGGGCUUAUCACCUCUUCUACUGACGGAUGGGUGUUGGGGACUCGUACACGCAACCCUCCUGCCACUUAUGAAUGGAUGGAGAAUGUACUACAUGUCACCCGAAGAAUUUGCGCAAGAGCCUUUGCGAUGGUUGCAACGUUUGUCGCAGCACAAAAUCACUUGGGCAUUGGCACCCGAUCGGGAGUACACGCGAGUCAUGGACGCCUUCUUGGCGGCAACUGAAGCUCAGAAAGGUCUGUGUCCCAUUGCGCAUCUAGAUUUGAGUUGUGUCCGACAUUGGCAUACAUUCGGACAACCUCUGCACCCGGAAACCAUGGCAUUGGUCACACACACACUGAAACCACACGGGCUACGAGAAAACUGGUAUACUCCUUGUUACGGAUUGACGGAGCAUGUCGGCGGAGCACUCUUCUUGCCCCAUGACUUUGUCCUUUCCACUGCUGGAGUCACACGGCGUGUGGCGGUGGCGUCUCGAAUGAGUUUGGACUCGCAAAUCACGGUCAAAGUGGUCCACCCGCAGACGCAUCAAGAAUUGCCUGACGGGCAAGUGGGAGAGCUAUGGCUAUCUAGUCCUGCAGUCGCGGCGGGCUACGGUAAGGAUGCCAAUCUCACGCAAGAACGAAUGGGUGCGGCUUUGAAGGGACCCGCUGGCGAAGGGUCCUUGGAACGUUUCCUCCGAACGGGUGAUGCCGCGUUCUUCGAAAACAACCAUGUUUUUCUCUGUGGGUCCAUCAACGAUGCCAUUAUGCUGCACAGUGGCGACGACGAGAAACAACGGGUUCUGUAUCCACAAGAUGUCGAAUGGAUCGCUGAGCAAGCCAGCGCGGACGUCAUUCCUGGAUGUGUUGCUGCGUUGGGGUCUCCUGGAGACGCAGAGAAGCGUCGUCUGGAAAUUGUCUUUGAAAUUGCGGCAAACCAUCAUCAAGAUCCACCGGAAGUAUGCCGACUCAUCUCGGAUGCUGUCGCGACUCGCAUGGGCGUCACUCCCAUUCGAGUAGUAGCAAUUCGGCAGCACUCCAUUCCUCGGACUCGUCAUGGGAAGAUCAGGCGCCACACUACCAAGAUGCAAUUGGCCGAAGAGACGCUGGAUAUCUUGUACAUUGGCGAAGACCUCACUGAUGGCGAGGCACGGAUUCUACCCGUGGAUAGUGUGGAAUACAUGGAGAGAGCACAAAACGUUGAGAAGGUGUUGAAACGAUACUUUGGCUCCGACGUGGACGAGAACCAAUCGUGGGAGGCUCUUGGGUUGACCUCGUUGUCUUCGAUCGAUCUGCGCUAUGACAUUGCUUACAGUUCCAGAAUCGAUCUCCCAACAAACUCCUUUGAGCAGUAUCCCACCCCUUCAGCUUUGAAGGAAUACAUCAUCCAGUCGCGAGAUCAGACUAUUCCAACGAAACUGCCGUAUCUCAAUGUUGCCAAGAGUAUGAAACUAUCAUGGCUGGCGAUGGGGUUCUUGCAGGCAAUUUUGGCCGUUGUUAUAUUGAUCCUGUUUUCGUCGUGUCUGAUACCUGUGUGGUAUCUCUUUGAUGACUUGGCCAAAUACAACAUGGAAAUAGCGUCCAUCCCCAUCUUUAUGGCUAGCUUUUCGAUCAUUGUCCUCGCGGUCAAGUGGAUCGUCGUUGGGUUCUACAGACCAUGCCAGAUUGUGGCGCCGUCCUUUCCGUAUUUGCAAUGGUGGUUCGUCGAUCGAAUAUGUUGCAUGUGGGAAUUCUGGGUGGGACGAUUCUUUGUUGGCACACCUGCCCUGAACCUUUUCUAUAUUUUGUUGGGUGCCAAAGUGUCGCUUCUGGCCAAGCUGGAUGGCUUUUGCCGAGAGUUUGACUUGAUCGAGGUAGGGCCGUACACAUGCUGCCAACAUCGUUCACUGAGAGCUCGGCACUUUUCGUCCUGGAGCCGCGCCGAGUCUGGGCCCAGGAUUAUCUUGCGUCCCAUUGUGAUUGGCCAGAACAGUGUGAUCAGAGGUAUGCUCCAACCUGGGGUCACGGUAGGUGAGGGCUGCACUGUCGAGAAGCUUGCAGUCCUGCCCGAGGGCUCUCAGCUUGAGGAUAGAGUUUCGGUCGCGGGGAAUCCCGCUGUGAUUAUAGGGCGAGCACCAAAGCGAAAGGAGUUCAACUAUCUGAUCUUGGGCUUGAUGAAGCUCAAGUGGCUAGGCUUCGAGUUCUUUGCAUUUUCGGUCUUUGUCCUGUCUACCCAAUGGGCUUUGCAGAGGAUGCUACCCAAACCGUACUUCGAGAUUUGGAUCAUAUGGUGGUCCCUCUUUGUGGUCAUAUUCAGUGCGAUUUCGUUGCUGAGCAGCAUCGUUGUCAAAUGGGUGCUGCUGGGCCGACGGCUUGCUGGGAAGAUCCAUACCAACAUUUGGACGGAGUUUGUAGAAUGGGCAGCCGACUACCAUUUCUUCUUGAGUACUCUCGUCUUUCAGACCUUUUCCCUGAACUCUCGCUUCUGCAACUUGCUGCUAGCCGCACAUGGAAUGGAUAUAGACUUGGCGUCGAAAGUUUACUUUGAUUCUUUCCCACCCAGCAAGAUGGACUUGAUCCACGUUCGAAGAUCUUUUGUGGCUGGCGUUUCAUUCGAUGUGCGCAAGUACGGGGCGUACUAUCCGACGCAUAUUCAUGACAGCAGUAUUGGAGAGUCUGCUCACGUAAACGCGGGCUUGGUGAUCUCGAAUGCUGUCAUACCACCAGUGAGCGUCGUGUCUGCACGAACUCAAUUGCAAGACUUUGCCAAGUCAGAUCAGACGCUUCCAGACUUUUCUUGGAGUAAGGAGCUUGUGGUGACUUUAGUCUACAUCAUGGUAGUCAUGUGCUUCAAGACUAGCGUCUACGCGGGCUAUCGCUAUUGGGCCUUCUUUGACAAGCAAGUUCCGGGGUGGUGUGUCGUGUUUUUCUUGGCCGGAUCGAUUACAAUACAGGCAACCUGUUGGAUGCUAUUCAUCUUGGUCCUUCAGUACGUGACGUUCUUUGGAGUUUCCGAAGAUCAACCUAAUCCCUGGAGCCCUGCUAUCUAUGCCGUUUAUCUCUCGUCAUCGGCUCAGUUUCAGACUUGGUCGGCUGUGACAAUUCUGUGGGGAACUCAGCUCUUCAAUGAUGUUGCCCGUCUUUUUGGAUCUACGAUUGACGGAAGGGCUCUUUACUUUGGAAAUAGGAUGUAUGACGGCCCGUUUCUGACAGUUUCCAAUCGCACCGUCUCCGAUGGAUCGCAACUUUGUGGCCAUUCUAUUGUCUACGAACAGGUCAAGUUGGGCCCAACGAAAGUAGCGGGACUGGUUCAUGAAGGAACUCUGGUCAUCGCCAACGCUAGCAUUACAUCCAAACACAGUGGGCCGUGGCGUCCGGUUGUCCAGAAGGACACACUUGCUACGAAUCAAUACAAUGCGAGUGUUACAAGUGCUACUGGUGGCUUCUCGGAGGACCCCGAGGUAAUGAUGGUCUAGCCAGCAAAACCUGAGACUUUUGACCACCAGCAACGACAGUGUAGCCGUCAGAGCAGGGGGGUUCUACAGGGCGUGUGUAAACUAGCUAUCUAUCUCGUCAUCUAAUAGCGCACAGAUCCACAGGGCGC